AUGGAAACAAACAACCAUUUUAACUUCACUGGCCUUUCCUCUGCACCUGCUGCCUCAGGACCGAAACCCACGCCUGCCUCAGGGGACAGCCCCUUCCCCCCUGGCUCCUUGCUCAGCUUCCCCACCCAAGGGAAAAGUCUGAACGGGGGCACGAAUGUCAAUGGCUUCUCUACUGUAUCUCACCCCAGCACUUCAGGGACCUCGGCCGCCGGCUCACCGUCCCCUACGCCUGCCUCUUUUCCCCUCAACGGCAUGGCUGGGGGGUCCCGGCCAGCAUCCCCUGGCCACAGCAGCAACCUGCGGGGUGCUGGGCAGGAGUUCUGGGGCAACGGCACCCCUGGCCCCAUGGGGCUGAACUUCGACUCGCAGGAGCUGUACGAUUCCUUCCACGACCAGAGCUUCGAGCUGAUGCAGAACGGGCCAGCCGGCUUCUUCGCAGCAGCCCAGCCCUCCCCUAUGCUGGGUUCUGACACUCAGCCCUUCUCGUUGCCACCAGAGGAGCCGGGCCCCGGCGGGGGGGACACCGACACCACAGCCAAAGAGAUCCCCCCCACCAUGGCAGAGAACGGGGGUGGACUGGUGGGCAGCAUGGAGCUGGAGGAGCCGCAGACAGACUUGAAGAUCUGUGACUACAACGUGUCUGUCCCCGGCCCGGUGCCGCUGGAGCAGGAGGGGCCUGGUCUGUCCCCCAGUGUGGGCAGCGGCUGCUUGGGGGACACGUCGCCCAUGGCCCCACAGCUGGAGGACGCCCACAUCCUCAGCGGAGACCCUCUGGAGCCCUUCGAAUCCCUGGCCAGAGACUUCUAUGAGGAGCGGGACACGCCGGAGGGUCUGCAGUGGGUAAAGCUGAGCCCCGAGGAGAUUCCCUCCCGCAUCCAGGCCAUCACAGGCAAGCGCGGGCGGCCCCGCAACGCCGAGAAGGUCAAACCCAAGGAGCCACCGCCUGCCAAGCGCGGCCGGGGCCGCCCCCCCAAGGCCAAGAUGGUCGAUCUGCUGAGCAAGACGGACGCGCGGCUGCUGAAGAAGCUGGAAGCCCAAGAGGUGCUCAGUGAGGAGGACAAGCUGAAAAUGAGCAAAAUCAAGAAGAAAAUGAGGCGGAAGGUAAAGGCAGCUGCCACCGGAUCCCUGAGGAGGUCCUGUCCCUUCCAGGCCAAGAACAAGCAAAAGCAGGAAGCCAAAGCCCCCAGAGCAAAGGAGACCAAGAAGAAGUCCAAGGCUAAGGAGAAGAAGGGCAAACUGGAGAAGGGCAAAGAGAAAGCCCGGCCCAAGGAGAAGAAAGGCAAAGGGGCUCGCAAGGCAGACAAGGGGCUGCUGGCCCAGCGGCGGCUGGAGGAGCGGCGGCGGCAGCAGCUCAUCCUGGAGGAGAUGAAGAAGCCCACAGAGGACAUGUGCCUGGGGGACCACCAGCCCCUACCAGCCUUCUCCCGCAUCCCGGGCCUCAUCCUGCCCAGCUGCGCCUUCUCCAACUGCCUGACGGUCGUGGAGUUUCUCCAGAGCUAUGGCAAGGUCCUGGGCUUCGACCCAGCCAAGGACGUGCCCAGCCUGUGUGUGCUGCAGGAGGGGCUGCUGGGGGUGGGCAACAGUGCAGGCGAGGUGCAGGACCUGCUGGUGCGCCUGCUGCAGGCUGCACUCUACGACCCCGGGCUGCCGCCCUACUGCCAGUCCCUGAAGAUCCUGGGAGAGAAGGUGUCUGAGAUCAGUCUGAACCGCGACACCGUCUCUGAGAUCCUGCGCUGCUUCCUGACGGCGCACGGGGCGGGCGAGGAGCUGUGUGAGGGGCUGCGGACUAAGCCCUUCCAAGCACUGCCCCCGGAGAGGAAAGCUGCCAUCCUGGCCUUCCUGGUGAACGAGCUGAACAGCAGUGCCCUCAUCAUCAGCGAGAUCGAGAAGACCCUGGACAGCAUGUCCCACUACAGGAAGAACAAGUGGAUCAUUGAAGGGCGACUGCGCAGGCUGAAGGUGGCCCUGGCCAAGAGGACCGGCCGUCCCGAAUCAGAGAUCACGGGCCUGGAGGACUGUCGGCGCCGACGCAGCUCCCGCCUAACGGAGGAGAGGGGCCUGGAGAUGGAGGAGGAGGAGAAUCAGGGACGGAAGUCCCGCCGGGAGGAGGAGGCUGACGCGUCUGCAUCCAGUGUCCCAGAGCUGGAGCGGCAGAUCGAGAAGCUGGCCAAGAGGCAGAUGUUCUUCCGCAAGAAGCUACUCCAUUCCUCACAGACACUGCGAGCAGCUUCCCUGGGCCAGGACCGGUACCGGCGCCGGUACUGGGUCCUGCCCCACCUCGGCGGCAUCUUUGUGGAGGGCACCGAGGCAGCUGAGCCAGAGCCCCCAGAGCCCCCCAAGGAGAAGGCUUUCCCCCACAGCGCCCCGGUGAAGCAGGAGCCGGUGGAAGUGCCCAUUCCCAGCCGGACGAGCUGCGCAGCCUCACGCUCCCGCGGCCGGCCCCGAAAGAGCAAAGAGGAGCAGUCGGAGCACAGUGGGCCCAGACCCUCACCCCUCAACGGGGUACUGGAGGAGCCGGAGCCACUGGGGCAGAGCCAGCAUGACCUCAGCCAGUCUGCCUUCCUCUCAUGGCUGAGCCAGACCCAGUCCUCCCUGCUCCAGGACUCAGUCCUCACCCCUGCCAGCAGCCCAGCUGAGCCCUCACUGCGCACCCCCACGCAGCCCUUUGGCCACCCCCGUGGCGAGCUGCCCAGGGGCUCAGCCAGGCAGCUGAAUGGCCUCCCCAUGGACGACCCCACAGCACCUCUGCUCGCUUCCACACCAGUGUCUGCCAGUGCCAGGGCCCACGGUGCCUGUCCCCGGAGCCGGGGCAGCCUGGAGAGGCUCCAGGACAUGCCGGGGCAGCCCAAGCGCCGAGGGCGGCCCCCCACCAAAUUGUUUAAGCAGAUUGAACAGAAGUACUUGACCCAGCUGACGGAGCAGCCCGUUCCCCCUGAGAUGCAGAGUGGCUGGGGGGGGGGGGGGGACCCCGAGGAGCUGGAGGCUGUGGCCCGUGCUCUGCACCCACGGGGGAUCCGGGAGAAGGCACUGCACAAGCACCUCACCAAGCACAAGGAGUUCCUGCGGGAGGUCUGCCUGCGCUCCACCACAGACCCCAUAUUCCACCUGCGCCCCGAGGCGCGCCGGGGUGUGACAUUGCGGGGCCAGCCCAGCGACCUGACCUUCUGCGAGAUCAUCCUGAUGGAGAUGGAGUCGCACGAGGACGCGUGGCCCUUCCUGGAGCCCGUCAACCCCCGCCUGGUCCCCGGUUACCGCAGGAUCAUCAAGAACCCAAUGGACUUCGCCACCAUGCGCACGCGGCUGCUGCAGGGCAGGUACUCCAGCUCGGAGGAGUUUGCAGCCGAUGCCAUGUUGGUGUUUGACAACUGCCAGACCUUCAACGAGGACGAGUCCGCGGUGGGCCGGGCCGGGCGCGCCAUGCGCCGCUUCUUCCAGAGCCGGUGGGAGGAGUUUUAUCAGGGAAAACAC